GAAACACGGUGAACCCUCGUGCCGAACCGCACAGCUUUUUAUGGACCUUUUCACCAUCCGAGCCGAGCGAUGGCUAAGAUCCGGGUCUCGUAUGAGUACUCGGAGGCGGAGGACCGCAGCAUUCGGCUCGGCCUCUUCCUGAUCGCGUGCGGUGUGUUGUCGCUCUUCAUCCUGUGCCUGUGCUGGCUGAGUCCCGCUCUGCAGAGUCUGCGCAGCCGCCCGACCAACUGCACGGUGCUAAGCGUCCGCCGCCUGGACGAGCGCUUCGAGUGCGUGUUCACAUGCGGCGCGGACUGUCGGGGCACGUCUCUGUAUCCCUGCCUGCAAAUCUUCGUCAACAACUCGGCGUCCGGCGCCGCAGCGCUGCUCCACUACGACGAACAGCAGCUGCUACUCAACCCCAAGUGUUCUUAUGUUCCAAAAUGUGAGCGAGACAACCAGAAGAUGCGAGAAGACAUCCUAAGGUUACAGCACUACUGGAGUGAAGAGGGUACUAACCAGUCCUUCACCUGCUUCUUCAAUCCUCAGAGGCGGCCAGAUGAUGUGCUUUGGCAACGUUCCCAUGAUGCCAGCGUGCUUUUGCACUGCGUGCUGUGGCCGAUGCUGAGUCUGUUGGUCGGGACGCUCAUUGUACUCCUUACAGUGUGUGCUCGCAGUUUGGCUGUGCGAGCCGAGGCCAUUCAAAAACGGAAGUUCUCCUAAGAACCACUGUGGACUGACAGACUUUCAUCUGGUUUCUGAGGUGCACCUGUACACUGCUUGCAAAGCUGUGGAGCAUCUAUAACUGAAAUCGAUAUAUUCUGUAUGGGGCUCAAAGCCCAGGAAGUGUGGGCUGUUCUCGUGUCACUGCUCUGGUAAGUCCAGAUUACUUAGGCCUAUCU